AUGGUGGGGGAGGAGGAAGCGGAGAAAAGACAAAUGAGAGAUAAAGAGGAAGUGCAGUUUCAGAACCCGGCCAGCUCUCUCCUCCCUGCUGCUCAGCCUCCAGCAGCCUCUUCUCCAACUUCGCCCGGGCGACCCGCCUCGGACCCCACGGCCGACCAGAUGUCCGGGAAAACGAAGAUCUGUCUCUGCGUGUGUCUGUGUCUUCUGGUGGGAGGGAUCGCCGCGGUGGUGGUCGCAAUCCGAUUGUGGCCCCACAAGAAGUGGAGCGGGUCGGGCAGCACUGCCCAUUUUCGGGAAAUCGUCCUGGAGCGAUGCGACACCUACCCUCGCUCGGUGCCGCCGGGGCUCAGAAACAGAAACUGUCAACAGAUCACAGAUGCAUUCUGGAAUGCAUUUAUCUCUAAGGACCCCUGCAGCGCGAGAGAGGAAGACUACUACCCACUGAUGAAGCUGGUGAAUCAAACUGUGCCCUGUGACAAGAUAAUCUUUUGGAGCAAAACAAAGGAAUUUGCUCAUGAGUACACAAAAGGCCAUCAGGGGUUGUUCACCCUGGAGGACACGCUGCUGGGUUACAUCGCAGACAACCUCACCUGGUGCGGAGACGCAGGCUCCCCUGAAAUGAACUAUCAAUCUUGUCCACACUGGAAGAAAGACUGCAGCACCAACUUUAUUUCUGUAUUCUGGGACUUGCUGUCCAAAAGGUUUGCAGAAAACGCCUGUGGUGUGGUCCAGGUGCUGCUCAAUGGAUCUAUCAGUAACACCUUUGAUGAAAGGAGCACGUUUGGACGUGUGGAAGUCCCUAACUUGAAUCCAGUGAAUGUUCGUAAGCUACAGGCUUGGGUGAUACAUGACCCUGGGAAACUUCCCAGUGAAAAAAAAUGCUCGAGUUCCUCCAUAAAUGAUCUGAAACACCUUGUUAUGCAAAAGAAGAUCGACUUUGACUGCCAGGAUAAGGACAGGUCUAACUUCCCUUAGUGUGUGAAAAAGCCUGAGGAUUCAUCUUGCAGAA